CUGGUAUGCUCUCUUCUCUCAUCAGUCUUGUUCAGCUUGACCUACGAGCAUUGCAGAAUCAAGCAUACCUCCACUGGCCUUGACAUUCUCGCAGCAAGCCAUCCUUGGCCACCAUCAACUCUUGAGACAAAUUGAUCGCUUCUCACAUUCACUUCAUGUUCCCAGAAGUACAUACAGUACUAGUAAACGGGGGAUAUGACUCGGCCCGUUGUCUAGCCCUGCAGCCUGCGACUCAACAUAGCGCAUCCAUCCAAUGGCUGGUGGCUGACGACGGUUGGGGAACCGUUGACGACAGCUCCUGAGAGCUGGAUGGUGAUAUUCCUUUUGUCCAUUCACGCCGAUGAGACCGCUAUUUGCACGGACACUCAAGCUUGGCCAGCCUUUCUCACGUUGGGUUCCCUCUGUUCAGAGUCGAUAUCAAGCAAUGCCUUGUCUUGCCCUCAAACGCAGCCGUUGACGUUCCGGACACGUGCGUCAAUGACACUCUGUAUGUAACUGUCAUGGAUGUCUUCCACAAUCUCACUCACCGCGAUCUCGGGCUGAUUAGGGACCACACCACGAUGCUGCUUGUGCAUGGCUACGGUAGUACAAACAUAGUCCCCGGUACACCUGGCCGUCUUCCGCCGCGGAGGCAUGCAACAGUAUCUACGGCACACGUUCGUCACAAUUGAUGAUCUUGUUUCCUCUUUAGAGCGGGCACCAGUAGUGGCCAGCAUUUGCCAAACCCUCAACACUUGUGAAAGCCGUGAUGACGAAAAUACUCAUUUUCUUCUGGCAGCACGCCUUCUGGCCCCCGUCUCCUCUGUCAGCGGCAUGGUGGUUUGCUAGCCUGGACACCUUUCACCAAGCCAACUUACUGCAUACAAUGUCCUUGUUCACGAUCUUCCAGGACGACCCAGCAAGUAGACGCCGCUAUUAGACCCUUGAUAGCGUGCCCUGCGAACAAGCAUCAGGGCCCUCAGUGGCGCCCCAUCUGUGCAUGCAAGACGCCCGCCUGUUACAGGCUCGUCCGCCAAAUAUGCACCAAUUCUGCUUGGUGGUCCGGCCUCGGCCCAGGCACAUGGCGACCAUCUUGCUCUCUUGAGCAUCGGGGGCUGUCGUUCUGCCGAUACGCCAUUGCCAUCGUGCUAAAGUCCUGCAGCUAGUUAGUUUGCGAUAUGACAACACCUAGUCCUAACGGAAAGCUCCUCGUUUCCCACCGAUAGCUUGUUGCUUCCUGACUGGGCCUUCUCCCUCCCAAUUCAAACGCCUCAAGACGCCGCUCCACCUUGGCACUGAGUAUUCUGAUGAUGAGCGCACGCCCUUGCUUCUGAUUGCUCUCGACCCGGACUCCUCUGGCGAGUUGUUCCGGAGGUCACUGGCGAGGAGUGUUAUCUACUUAAGGGGUGGAAACCCGUCUUCCUUUGGCUCAUUCCUCCUCGAUCCUAACGAUACAUAGCCGCGAGCCUUUCUACCUGCCCAAACCGGCUCAAGCACUCGUGUCAAACAGCUCGAGGAUAUCGAGGCUUAUAUACUUCUAUAUCUUACACCAGUCCACUUGGCACUUGGAGCGCCUCCACGAGCUAUCCUAGGCUCUUACCCCCACGCGCUGGCCGUCUCCCACGUUUCCAUCUCACUCCACCAGCCAAUCCCCUUUGCUGUAUUUGCCCCAAACGGCAACUGAUCGAGCCAUCGCCCGACCUCAAGUCUCCAUUCUCACCAGCAUCCCACCUUUAUCCCACGCUUCGAGGCUUCAAGCGUUGUUGUUGACAGCCAUGGCCCCAGUUGCUACGGGAGAGAUCGCACCAACGCAUCUACCCGGUGGUCUAUCGAAGCCAUUGAGCAUCAGUGCCUCUGUCUUGCAUGGUCCCCGCGAUCUGAGACUGGAAACAAGGACCAUCGAGGCUCCAGCGGCAGGCGAGCUUCAAAUCGCUAUCAAGGCGACUGGCAUUUGUGGUUCAGAUGUCUCGUACUACAAGAAGUUUGCCAAUGGCGAUCUCUGUGCCUGUCACCCACUGUCACUAGGCCAUGAAUCGUCAGGGGAAGUUGUUGCCAUUGGUCCUCAAGUGAGUGGCUUCAAGCUGGGCGACCGAGUUGCUCUUGAAGUUGGUGUUGCUUGUGGAAACUGCGGCAUCUGCCGUCAAGGCCGUUAUAACCUGUGCAAAAAGUUGCGUUUCAGAAGCAGUGCCAAAACCUACCCUCACUACCAAGGCACAUUGCAAGAGAGGAUUAACCAUCCCGCUGUCUGGUGCCACAAGUUGCCCGAUAAUGUCUCCUUCGAGGCCGCCGCCCUUCUCGAGCCGCUGUCUGUAGCUAUCCAUGCGGUGAACCGUGCCAGGCCGGAACCGGGCUCCACUGCCCUUGUUAUCGGUGCCGGCACCGUUGGUCUUUUGACUGCCGCAAUGGCUCGUCAAUCAGGCUGCACAUCGGUUACAAUCACCGAUAUUGAUGCCGGCCGUGUCAACUAUGCCAUAAGCCGUGGAUUCGCAACCCAUGGCUUUGUUACCCCCCUGUCCCGCUUGAACUCUUCAAACUAUUCUUCUGGAAUCUCUACACCCGAGACUGGUAUCAUUACUCCUGCCAGCACCUUUUCAACCGCAAGCCGCUUCGAUGGAGCCAAAUCAUUGGCAGCGGAUAUCCUUGCUUCAUCAAACCCUGCGGGUACCUUUAUGCUCGAGGAGGAUGAGGAUGGUGUGGAUGUCACAUUCGAGUGCACCGGAAAGGAGGUAUGCAUGCACACGAGCUUAUAUGCCACCAAAGCUGGCGGCAAAGUAAUCAUGGUGGGCAUGGGAACUCCUAUUCAGACCCUCCCUCUCUCCGUGGCUCACCUCCGCGAGAUUGAUAUCCUGGGCGUAUUCCGGUAUUCCAACACAUAUCCCACCGGCAUUCGCCUUUUGUGUUCCCAAGCUGCGAACCCCUCUUCCUGCAGCCUACCCUCGUUGGAUGACAUGGUCACCCACCGUUUCAAGGGCCUGGAUCAGGCACAACGUGCAUUUGAGCUUGCAACACGCACCAGUGACGACGAGGGCAAACUUGUCCUGAAGAUUGUUAUUGAGGCAUAAGAUCUUCCUCAAAAUUGCCUUUUUACGACUUAUGAUUGAUACACAAAAAAGACAUCCAAAAAGCUACAUCAGUGGCGUGCUUCACGGUGGAUGUGUAAAUAGAUUCUCGUUAUGAAGAUAUCAGCAACUAUCCUGGUAGUUUGGGGGUUUAAUUGGGUUUGGUUGGAGAGAUAACAAGUAUGAUAUGAAGUGGUUUAAUGGGCUAGAAGAACGGUUUGGCAAGGAGUUCGUCCUAGCAGACAUAGUCCACGAUAUUAACAUGAACACUUGCGCCCUAUCUUGACUUGACACAUGAAGCCGGGAUAUCUCCA